AUGGCUGCAUUGGGCAGAUGGCAGAUGUUCACACAAACUUCAGAGACUGCCAAGUUUCAAAGCCAAGGAACCUCCUCCUCACAUAGUCUUCUUCACAGUCCUGGGGGCCAGUGGGUCCCGGUCGGUCCUCCUGGGGCUGCUGACCUGGGGGCCCUUCACUGGCUUCCUCUUCUCCUGCUGCUCCAGGAGGCCAAAGGGGGCCCUGGAGAUGGUGUGGAUCCUGAGGAGGUGGUAGCCAUCCUUCAGGAGUCUGCCGACCUCCCCCUGGAAAUCCCACUGGAUGAAGAGCUUGAGAGCAUCAUCUGGUCCUCCCAUAAAAGGCUGGCAACUGUGGUGCCAGGGAGGGAAGGACAGCCGGCUACCAUCACGGUGACCAAUCCACAAUACCAGGAUUGAGUGAGUUUCCUGGACCCCAGCUACUCCCUGCACAUCAGCAAUCUGAGCUGAGAGGACACGGGGCUUUACCAAGCUCAAGUCAACCUGAGGACAUCCCAGGUCGCUGCCAUGCAGCACUACAAUCUGUGUGUCUACCGACGGCUGUGGGAGCCUCACAUCACUGUGAACCCUGAGGUCUCUGGGGAAGGCACCUGUAAGAUGUCCCUGAUGUGUUCUGUGGAGAAGGCAGACGUGGGCAUAACCUAAAGCUGGCUGUCCUGGGGGGACAGCGCUGACACAGCCCAUGAAGGCCCUGUCCUCAGCACAACCUGGAGACCUGGGGACAACACACUCUCCUACACCUGCAGGGCCAGCAACACCAUCAGCAACAUCAGUUCUCAUCCCAUCCCUGCAGGGCCCUUCUGUGCAGGUCCUGGCUAUCCUUUUGGGAAGCCCUCACCAGACUUCUGCCUCCUGGCCAAGGGACGGCUUUUCUUCUUGUUCUUGAUCAUUCUGGCUGUGGGACUGUCCCGAGUCCAGAAAAGAUACAAAAUGCCAAGGAUGAAGAGACUCAGGAGAAACAGAAUGAAACUGAGGAAGAAGGGGAAGCCUGGCCCCAGGCCUGCCUGA